AUGACGAAAACCGAACUGAAGUUUCGCACGGCAACAUCCGACGAUGCACCCCAGCUCCAACAACUAGUUGAGUCCGCCUUUCGCGCGCAGGAUACCAGAGCAAACUGGACCGAUAAACUGGGUAUCAGCUCCGACUUUCGCAUUCACGUCAACGAUAUCAUGACCAUGAUCGCAAAGCCAGAAAGCGUCUUGCUAGUGGCCACCACUCAAGAUGGCGCCCUUGCCGGCACGAUCGGGACGUCGAAGUUGGAUGACCAACAUGCUCGGCUUUUCAUGCUGGCAGUGGAUCAAAACCGGCAGUGCGGGGGCUUGGGGCGUCAGAUCCUCGCUUAUGCUGAAGGCUACGGUCAGCGUACAUGGGGUGUGAACUGCUUUGGAUUGAAUGUUCUCUCGGGGCGCGAUCAGCUCAUGGCUUGGUAUAGCCGUCAGGGCUAUGAAGAAACUGGCGAGACUACGCCUUUUCCCAGGGAAAAACAUGAGAGCUUGGCUCUGCCGGAUGACCUUUGUUUUAUCGAGUUUGAGAAGAAGACACUUUGA